AUGCUCGUUGAGCUCCCCGGAUUCUCAUUGAGAUCCCCCGUGCUGAGGCUUGGCCUCAGCACGACGCAUGGCGUCGUUUGCGCGCCAAGUCAGGCGGAAAAGGCUGUCUACUUGGAGACGCAGCAAGUCUGGCGCCGCGCGCAGAUGAACCAGGACUACCUGGACAAGGAGAAUUUGGGAAUCGCGCUUCACGCUGUUGGCAUUACGCCAGGCUCUGUCAUGCCAGAUGACCUCAGCUCAAAGGCGCUGAGCUACGGAGCGUCUCUCUCCCGACAAGGAUGGGAAGCGCUUUCAUCUACAAGUGUCUGA